AUGCGCAACUUGGAUCCAACGGCUGCUUCGGCGGAGGACGCCUCCAAUUUAAGCAAGGGCUAUCGAUACUUUGUUGGAGGCAUUCAACGUCAUAUCACGCAACAAGACCUUGAACGCUACUUUGAGGGUUUUGGUGACUUUGAAACGUUUACACUGAAACGUGAUUCCGCAGGCAAUUCGCGGGGGUACGGAUGGGUGACGUACCGAGCCCCAUCAUUGUCUCUAAUGCGACAGGACGCACAUGUGCUAAAGGGCGUUCUCCUAACUGUGGAACAGGCACGUAGUCGAGGCCCACAUGAAAUCACCCGCCCUGAUAGACGUGGCCACAUGAAUGAUGUGGGCCCCGUUCGCCGUCGCCGCCGAUCUCGUUCUCGUUCUCGUUCUCGUUCUCUCUCUUCGACUUCCUCGUCCUCUAUGGCGCCAAGGCGAGGCGGUUACCGUCGCUUUUCUUCACCACGACACGACCCCACCGGCGGCAGUUCACGGCUGCCUUCUAUAGCCGUGGGAGCUUCCCGUUUACCACCGCUGUCAACACAACUGCAUGCCUCGGCGCCUCCCAGUGGGGCGGUGGCGCCUGUCACGGGUUACGAGGCUGUGGCUUCCACCAGCAAUCGAGAUCCCAUCAAUACCAUGAGUGAGACAUAUCUUUGCAUCCCCAUGACGCUGUGCCCUACGGAGUACCUCAAUGAUCCUCGAACCUUCUGUGCCAGACUUGACCAGAAUCGUGUUGGCAGCCUGAACAUUGUUCCAACCCCGCUUGUUCCUGCAGCUGCAGCAUCCGCCUCUAUUUCAGUUCCACCACCACCACCGCCUCCGCCGCUUCUUGCGCAGCAGCUUGAUCAGCAUUCUUCGAUGGGUGGCAGGAACUCACGAAACAAUUCAGAUUUGCCACCGGCACAACAGACGCUUCAUGGUGCAAUGCAACGUGGUGGGGCGCGUUAG